UGAAUCUUGUUGCUAUUUCAUUAAUACUUGGACCAAGUAAGAUGCUUCAUGUCUCCCUCUCAUCUGAUCAUGGUAUAAAGAUGUUGUGCACAAGGCCAAGGUAAACCAAGCCAAAAGUGAGAAACUGAGAACCAAAGUAUUUACAUAUUAUUCUAGUCUUGAAGGCCAAAGAAAACAAAAUGGCUCCCUCCAAAUCUCAGUACCAUAUUCGCUCUAACAGCUUUCCCACCAGACCACACCCUCUCUUGCAGCAAUGCGACGAGCAUUUGUGCCGGUUAGGAGCUGCUGAUGCAACUUCUUCCACUACAGUAAGCCAGAAACUAAGUGGUCUUGAGGACUUGCAUGAUUCUGUUGAGAAGUUGUUCCAACUGCCUCUCACUCAACAAGCCUUUGUCCAAGGCCGCCAAGAGAAAUGGGUUGAUGAACUGGUGGAAGGAUCUUUGAGGAUCUUGGAUAUGUGCAGCGCAGCCAAGGAUGCUGUACUGCACACCAAGGAAUGCGCACGAGAGGUUCAAUCGAUCAUGCGCAGAAGGCGAGGGGCUGAAGUUGGCCUCGUUGGUGAGGUUAGGAAAUACUCGGCCUCCAGGAAAGUGGUGAAAAAGGCGAUCCGUAAGGCCCUGGAGAACAUGAAGGCUGCUGCUAGAUCUGCUUCUUACCCUUCCAACAAAGAAAGUGUUGAAACCAUGGCCUUAAUUAGUGUGUUGAAAGAAGUAGAAGCAGUGACUCUUUCAGUGUUUGAAUCCUUGCUGUGCUUUGUUUCUGGGCCAAAGUCACAAACCAUGAUGAGUGGCUGGUCUUUGGUUUCAAAGCUUGUGUACAAGAAAAAAGUUAGUUGUGAGGAAGAAGAAGCCGAUGUGAACGAAUUUGCAAAGGUGGAUGAAGUGUUGCAGUGUCUCAUGUACCAUGAAACCAGCAAGUCGUCGGAGAACACUUCUCACAUUGAGAAUGUGCAAAACGAGCUGCACAGUCUCGAGUCAUGCGUUCAAGAUUUUGAAGAGAGACUAGAGCGGCUGUUUAGGCGUUUAAUCAAAACUAGGGUUUCCCUUCUCAACAUCCUUAACUAUUAGAAAAGAAAAUCAUGUUAUCCACUAUGGGAAUUCAAAAUUUUAGUGUCCCGGAUAUCUAUUUUCAUGCUAUAUAUUUGUACAUGAUUGCAUAUGUAUAUCUACUUCAAAUGGAGUAAAUUUAAAUAUCUUUUUGCUCAA